UUUUGACUUGCCGUCAGCCAACGUACAUAUUUAUUUAGUAAAAUUCAGGUCUACAUUUUUGUACAAACAUGAACUCGUGAUGAAUCUUGUCCGUACUAAAUGUAUUUCAUAAUUCGAAAUAGCAAAUAAUAAAAUUAAAUACUGUUUGGUUGGUGUUUUUAAUUUUUUUAGUUCUGUCACUAAAACUGGGUGUUUAAUUUAGAGAUUCUCGUAUAAAAAACGUAAGAACUUUAACGAUUUGGCAAAAGUUAGUGCCAGUAAAAGUAUAAGCUACAGUGAUUUUUAUGAAGUGAAACUUUGUAAUAAAGAACUCUGUUUGCAAAACAUCUAUAAACGCUUGAUAGAUCUAUUUCGUUCGCGUCUACAGAUUUGCAGUAACGGGGCAACAUGGCGUCAUCUGUCGACCAGUGGAACCCUGACCGGGACACGGCACUGAUCCCUCGGUUCUACGCUGGCAGGGAGGUGUUCAUCACUGGAGCCACAGGAUUCGUUGGUCAAGUGUUGACUGAGCGACUGCUGUCCACGUGUCCUGACAUCAGCUGCCUGCAUCUCCUGGUGAGGGUCAAGGAGAACGAAUCUCUGAAAACGAAGCUCAACAAAAUUAAGGACUUGCAGUUGUUCGAUGUGCUUCGAGGAAAAAACCCGAAGCAGCUGGAAAAACUGAAUCUCAUCCCGGGGGAUAUCACUAGACCCAAUCUCGGUCUUAAUGAGACAUCUGUUGCAGAACUGCACAAUGUGUCGGUGGUGUUCCACCUGGCAGCGACGAUCAAGUUCAACGAACAGCUGGAGGUGGCGGUGAAGAUUAAUACGCUGGGGCCCAUGUGUCUGCUGGACAUCUGCGACCGGCUGCCCAAGAUGGCGGCCCUCAUCCACGUGUCGACGGCGUACUGCGAGGCGGAGCGCGCGCUCAUAGAGGAGGCGGUGUACCCGCUGCCGCGCGAUCUGGAUACGAUGAUACAAGAGUCACUCCACGGGGGACGCAGGACGGAGCUCCAACUUAAGAGAUUCCUUUCUCCGAAGAUGAAUACUUACAUGUUAACGAAGUCAAUGGCGGAGAGUGCGAUCAAACUGCACGGAAACAGAGGAUAUCCUAUUGCAAUCUUAAGACCCUCAAUAGUGGCAUCAUCUCUCCGGGAUCCGUUCCCCGGGUGGGUGCAGGGGUUCCAAGGGGCCGUCGGCAUUGUGACCAACGUGUCGCUGGGCCUCAUGCACGUCAUGGGGUGCCGCCCGGACUAUCCCAUCGACUUGUUGCCCGUAGACAUCGCUGCCGACACUGCCAUCGCUGUCGCCUGGGAGACGGCAGUGGACAAUCUCCCAGAGGUCCGCGUGUACAACUGCUGCACCAUGGAGAACCCCAUCAAUUACGGUGAUGCGUUCCGAUACAUGGUACAGGAGGCCAGGGAGUACCCGUCCUCCAGCAUCAUGUGGUAUCCAUUCAUUUUUCACGCGUCAAAAAGUUACAUACUGAAGCUGUUGGAAUUUCUGUUGGAAGUAAUACCUAUGUAUGUAGCAGAGUACGCAAUGAAAACCUUUGGAAAUAAAGGCAAAAGGCUGAACCUAAUGAGAGUGAGCCGUCGUCAGGUGAGGUCGCGUGAGGUGUUGUUCCCGUUCACGUCGCGCCACCUCCGGUUCGUGACCCGCAACAUGAGCACCCUGCGCGCGCGACUCACGCCCGCAGACGCCGCAAUCUACAACACCGACCCAGCUUCUAUAAGUUGGAAGCAAUAUUUCAAGGACUUCAGCAGAGGAAUCAGACUUCAUAUAAUCAAAGACAAAGAUGAAGACCCUCCAGCUGCAAAGAAACGCUUAAACAGGUUGCUGUGUGUCCACGUGGUAGUGUGCCUCUCCUUCCUCGUCCUGCUGGCGUGGCUCAUUGUUCGCAUGACAGCUGUAGUCAGCAGCUCGCCUGAAGCUCUCAGAAGGGUUGCUGGCAUACCAUGAAAAGCUGCUUGUUUAGUAUCACUGUUUGGAAAUCUUUAAGGCCGCGCUCAAUAGGGAUGAUUUCUUCGUUUAUCAGGUAGAUUAUCAAAAAGUAUUGGACACGUAUUUUUUCUUUUUUCACACAAUAUAAACAUUGCAGAGAUAAUUAUAUUGAUUUGAAAAGUGGCAUGACGUCACGUUUGAGUACACUUUUAAGCGAAUAUUCACUCAAAAGUGACGUCACGAGCCCCUACUCCCAAACUUUGACGCGCAUAUUUUGUUAUUUUCUGGUUGAUUGCCCAAAGAAAAAAUACGUGUCCAUUAUUUUUUGAUCAUCUAACUGACGGACUAAAUAGAAUUUCGUUUACUGUACCCCGUCAUCACCCCUAUUAGGACACGCGUUUGGACACGUUUAUGGGGGUUGUACGAAUUGAGUGCGCAUAUGGAAUUCGUUUUUCUCCGUCUAAUAGGUAAUGUUCCGGAGAUAUCGUGUACGCGACGAUGAAUAAUAACACAGGCCUACAAAAAAAAGUGCCUGCACGAAAGACUAGAGUACCUGAACUUUAUGUUUUCGGGGUCGCUGAGUCCAAAUAUGGCGCUCGAUGGCGCAAGUGGUUAGCGCGUUGGGCUGCGGUCGUUGAAGUUAAGCAACUUUCACAGUGGUCGGUCAUUGGAUGGGUGACCAAAAAUUUACUAUCUCGAGCUCCUCCGUGCUUCGGAAGGCACGUUAAGCCGUUGGCCCCGGCUGCAUCUGCAGUCGUUAGCACCCGCCAAUCCGCACUGGGCCCGCGUGGUGGGUCAUGGCCCAAUCUCCCUAUUCCCAUCCAUAGGGAAGGCCUGUGCCCCAGCAGUGGGGACAUUAAUAGGCUGAUGAUGAUGAUGAUGAGUCCAAAUAUGGUGCCAGAAUAGCAAAGUUGGUUCGCGUUAUUUCAGAAAUCAGCAAUAAUGCUGAAAAUUUAAGUUUUUCGUAUAAUAUGGUUUAUGUUGUUACUAAAAACGCGAACCAACUUUGCUAUUCUGACACCAUAUUUGGACUCAGCGACCCCGAAAACAAAGUUCAGGUAGUCUGGUCUUUGACGCAGGGUAUUUUUUUUUAUAGGCCUGUGUAAUCUGUCUACAAGAUAAAAUCUCUUGGAGACUGAGGUGGCUGGCGUCCUCACUUUCGCAGAAUCCAAUAUCCAAUCGGUUCAGUCUUGAAAAUUUUGAAAAUAGUAAUUUAGCUACGUGCGUUGUACAAAUAUUUGUGCAUAUCUAGAAAUUAAGUUAAUAAGUUUUCUAUAUAUUCAUUUUUAAGUGCAAAAGUGUUUUAAAAUCCCAACAAGUUCGCUUAAUUAAUAAUUGUUUGUUUACGGACGUUAAAACUUCUCGUACGUAUACGCCCAGUAUGUGUAGGUACUCCUAUGAUACUUGGAGGGUUGGGAUUAUUCUUGCAUAUUCGUCUGCACGGGAAAAAUGUUUACGAAAACCCGUCCAAAGUGAGCGCGGUCUAAUGAACCAAAAUUUGCUUUUCUUAACAUAAUAAGCUAAUUGGAUUAAAGGUUUAGUAUUAUUUAGGUAGCGACGAUAGCACAAAUUACCUAUAUUAUCGUUUGUUUCUUAGGUUUUCACGCACAUCACUAAUUAAAUAAAACUAGUUUUUACGGGUUAAUGCACGAAACUUUAUUUAUUUAUUGACGUUUCGUAGCCUUUACAGGCUACGUCGUCAGAAUUAAACUUUUAUUUAAUUUGUCGAGCUACCUUCGAAAGACUUUUAUUGAGCGUUCGGUUAUUUCAUUGUUCGAUUUUUAAAGUUUUAUUGUCUAUGUAUGAAUUUAUUAUUAAAUUUACUUAAUAAAGUAUUUUACUUAAAUUCUUUUUUGUAAUUUUGAGUUUAUUUAUUUGACCCUAACUACCGCACCGUAAACUACCACUGGUUUCAAAAUUGGGAGACCUUUCUGAGAAGAACCGGCGAAACAAACUCAAGAGAGGCUUUCUAUCUCCUUCUUAUGUUAAAUUAUGCAAACAAAAAGAACUAAUAGUAUCUGAUGGUCUUGCAGUGUGUGCUCGGGGUUGGGAUUUUAUCCUGUAUAAUAUUGAGAUAUUGAGAUUAAAAAAUAUCCAAAUUUCAAUAGGGAAGAUGGUUGGUAUAUACCACCAGCUUGGGAACCUAUUAUACAGGAGAUACCUUAUUACCUAGAAUAGCAGAGACCUUAUUACCAAGUGCUAGAGAACUUGUGCCACAACAUCCUGAGAGGAUCAUACUGCCAAAUUAUUCAAGAGCAGCUGAUACACAUUCACGCUGCGUAUUUACACAAUAUACAUGUAAUAUGUAAAAAUAAAAACAAUAUGAUACAAUUAUGUGAAAAAUAGUCAAAAAAUAAGAAGCAACACUACAGUUUUUAUUUUAUUCAUGAUUCCUACCUAACCAAGUUUUUCCUAAUAGUUAUUCUUUAAAAUCGCACUGAAUAAAAAUGAAUUAGUUGUAAUAUUAAUUCAAUUCAUACUGAGUUCAUAUUAAGUUCGUAGGUUGACCUAUGUAUCAUUUAAUAUUAAACAUAACCUCAAAAAAUAUUUAGUUUUUACUGAUAAUUUAAGUUCUCAGAAGUGUCCGUCAAUAAUCUUUGUUUUUACAGUAAUUUACUUGCAAUUUAGAACCUAGAAUAUAAUAUUUCAUGUUUGUUGGUUCUUAGGCUAACAAUGUAUGGACGUAGAACAAUGUCCUUUUCCAAAUUUGUUAGAAAUAAGUUAAUUUAUUCAUUUUGUUCAAAUCAUGUUUUAUCUAAUGUAUAUUUGGAAAACGCAAUAAAGUCUGGGAAGUUUAUGUUUUUCUUUUUCCAAGGUACAGGCUAAGCCUUGUUUGGGAAUUCGAUUGUGCAUUAUUCCAUUCCAAGAAUGCUUCAUAUUUGUAUCUGCAAUAUGUAUAUUGCUCCUUUUUACAAGUAAAUAAAUUAUUAUUACUAUCGAAUAAGUGGACGGGCAAAUAAAAGAG